UCAUUAGUUGACGCGCACAAACUCGCAUACUAUAACCCCUUCAUUUCGAAUACACGUACGCGCAAAUCUACAAACUUCACCUCGUCGAUUUCUCAGACAAAUUCGCCGGUCAUUUUCCGGCGAGAUUCUGGUCUUCGUUGGGAAGAACUGCGCUCCAUCCUAACUUGAAGAUCCGAUCCAGUUCGCACUUCAACCGGCUCGAAUUUGAGUGAUGGCUCCAGUUUCGGCUCUCGCGAAGUACAAAUUAGUGUUUCUGGGAGAUCAAUCUGUUGGAAAAACGAGUAUAAUUACUCGAUUCAUGUACGAUAAAUUCGACAACACUUAUCAGGCUACUAUUGGUAUUGAUUUCCUCUCGAAGACUAUGUAUCUUGAAGAUCGGACUGUACGAUUGCAGUUGUGGGAUACUGCUGGACAAGAAAGAUUUAGGAGUCUCAUCCCAAGCUAUAUAAGGGACUCCUCCGUUGCAGUCAUAGUAUAUGAUGUUGCAAGCAGACAAUCCUUUCUUAAUACUUCAAAAUGGAUUGAGGAAGUUCGUACUGAGAGAGGCAGUGAUGUUAUUAUUGUGCUAGUUGGCAACAAAACAGACCUUGUGGAUAAGAGGCAAGUUUCUAUAGAGGAAGGAGAGGCCAAAGCUCGUGACCUUAAUGUCAUGUUCAUUGAAACUAGUGCCAAGGCUGGCUUCAAUAUAAAGGCACUAUUCAGGAAGAUUGCUGCUGCCCUGCCUGGAAUGGAAACUCUAUCAUCAACUAAGCAAGAGGAUAUGGUCGAUGUAAACCUCAAGUCGAGCAACACAAAUGCAUCUCAAUCACAACAGCAGUCGGGAGGGUGCGCCUGCUGAUAACGUGAAUGAAAUCCCCUCAUUUUGUGCUUUAUCAUAUUUCGAUUGGACCAUAGAUGCAUCUGUAAAGUUCUCCCUUGUCAUCAAUAGCGUUGAAUUUUGGUUGUGAUUGUAUUCCAAGAAAGGAUACAUUAGAUUGUCAUUUGUAGCUGUAACUGUAUUCUCUUUGUCAUUGCAUAUCUGUAUCAUUUUAUCGGCCUUAUAGUUACUGAGACAAUAGAUAGUUUUCUUUCUUUCUUUUGAGACCAUAAGAUAGUUUUUCCUUUUAGUUUUUUUUUCCCUCUAUUUUUAUUUCUUCAUAUCCCUACCAUGUGUGUAUAUUAGCUGUAAGCUUCACUGUAAAAUUUUCAACAAGGGCCAGCAAUGGAGUAUUAUAUUGAUUA